CAGAGAAAAUUUCUACUCUGUUAAUGCAUUUACUUCUUGCUUCCGAAGGAUUGUCUAGUGAUAGUUGGAUAUAGAGAAACAAAACAAUAAUUCGAAAAUUAACUAAUAUCUGCAUUCAUAUAGAAAUUGAGGAGUUACAAUUCUCAAAUCAAGAGUAGAAAAAAUGGCUGUUGGAAAGCUUUAUUUACAUUGGCGUUAUAAUACUUCUUCUUUUGUCCCAUUAAAAAAGGAAUCUCUGAUGAGAUAGUCCUCCUAAGAUUUUAAUUUAAAUUUAUAUCAAGUACUUAGCUAAAGUUCAAAUUCAAUUAAUAAAAGAAAAACCAAAUAAGUAUUACUCACUCUUUCGCUAGACAUUUAAGUAUUUAAUUCUAGAUCUGUCUAUAACUAAUGAAUGAUGUAUGUGUCAUGUUGGAUUUAUGAUAAGUAUGCACAAAGGUUUAAUAUGUCCGAUAUAUAUGUUGUUGGGGGGCUCACUUUGAACUUAUUACAUCAUAGAUGGAUGAUCCCUUCACAAUCAGAUUCCACCUUGGAGUAAAGAAGCCUAGUGAGGGGUUUGAGUUUGCUGGUGGAAUAUUAAGAGAAAAAAAAGACGUCACUCCAGAUUCAGUGACAUAUGAAGGAUUGAUUGCUGACGUUAAAGGUUUUGGCUUUCGUAUGAAGAGAAUGUGGUAUGAGACCCCCGGUGUAUACCAUGAGUUGACCAUAGAGAUCAAGAAUGAUGGGCAAGUGAAGGGAAUGGUGCAAUUAGCGUCAAAAAGGGGAUUGAUUCAUUUAUACGUCGAGGGAGGGUUUGACAGUGAGUGGAAGGGAGAGUUCGAUAACGAGAUAUUGGAGAUGUUAAGUGAGGAAUAUAGAAUGAAGAAUGAUGUGUUUUCGGACGAGGAUGGAGUUGAGUGGGACGUUUCAGGUCCCGAUGAAUACUCAGACUCUGCAUCUGUGGGUAAUAGCGAAACCGAUGGCACCUCCUCCAUUGAUGAUUUCCAGUCAGAGCCGGGUGAUGCUAAACGUUUUGAGGACACAGGAAAUAGAAGGCAAAUGACGGACCGAAGGAUUUGGCACUAUGGCAGUGUCGCCAGAAGGAAAACGGCGAGAAUGGAAAAUCGGAAGAAGGACAAUGAUGAGAGUUGGGAACCUGCCAACCAAAAUGAUGUUCUCCGGUCGAGUUGCCAAAGGUGCCAAGGAGCUGAACAUGAUGAGAAAUCCUGCAAAGCCGCAACUGAAGUUGAGGAUCAAAGACACCUUUCUCCUGUCAAGAGAGAUAGAACUGUGGCAACUAACCAACUACCUAAGAAAACAGGCAGAGGAAGUGGGGCCAUAUAUGCGUCAUCCCCAGGAAGGGAUCUUGCAAAAAGAGGUAGAGGAAGGGAUAUAGCUUCAAGUUCAAGAAACAACAAAAGUUUGAGUUCGGGCAAGGACACAACUUCCAUAGCAGGAAAGUACACGGCAUCAAAUUCAGGAAGGAGCAUAUCUUCAAUUUCACAAAGCAGCGUGACUUCGAGUUUGGGAUGGGGCAGAGGUUCAACUUCAGGAAGGGGCACAGCUUUGAGUUCAGGAAGAGACACAAAUUUUAUUUUAGGAAGGGUAGAGGUUCAAGAUCAAAAAGGGGCACAACUAAUAUGGGCGCAAGUUCAAGUUCUGGCAGGAGCAUAGCGUCAAGUUCACGAAGCAGCAGGACUUUGAGUACAGAACGGGGCAGAGGUUCCCCUUCAGGAAAUAGCAUGACUGUGAAUUCUGUAAAGGGCGCAACUGUGAGUUUAGAAAGGGGCACAACUAGAACGGGUGCAAAUUUGAGAUCAGGAACGGACAAGGGUUCAA